AAUUUCAGGUCUGAAUGGAAAAUCUGCAGUCUAACCUUCCACAUCCACAGAUUAUCUCCGACACUGGUGAAUCUCGAUUUAAUCAGUUAGAAAGAACGUUGGAGCAGUUUCAGGAAAAUGCACGCCAUUUGGGUGUGAUUGCGACGGAUUUCGGUGCGCGAAGCCAAGAGCCAUUCAAUCAAAAAAUUCAUACGUUGAUCUCCGGUCUUCAGGAACUAGAUCAGAUGCGCAACCAAUUUUCUGAUGUGAAAGUCCCAUUAGAACUCCUUGACGUUCUUGAUCAAGGAAAAAACCCUCAGUUAUAUACGAAAGAGGUUCUAGAAAGAACACUUCAGAAGAACAAGGAGGUUAAUGGAAAAGUCGAGACGUACAAAAAAUUUCAUGCUGCUCUUCUUAAAGAGCUUGGCGAGGAGAUGCCCGAAGACACAAUGACGAGAAUGUCCAUAGGCGCAAAUGCAGUUUUUCGGCCUCAUAAUGCUGUCACAGCCGCUCUCAUAAAGUUCGUUCCAAAUUUUGUUGCGUUGCGGUUGAGUUGGACUCAGAAUUCUUUGAAGAGUGAGGGAUUAGAGCAAUUUGUGGAAGAAUAUCUACCAGUUAUUAGAGAGAACAAUCCGCAAAUCAAAUAUUUUCUGCAUAGAACAUAUACGGAAUGUGACCCGUUCGUUGUUGGGGAGUACACUUGGAUGCGCAGCCGAAGGAAACGAGUGUCUUGGAGAUCGAAACAUCAAGUUCUUUCUAUGGUUGAGGAAAUGGCUGUUGGAGGAGACUAUAGGCCAGGCAAGAAACGCGGUGUCAAUAGACGUCUUCCGCGUGGACAAGAAUUGUGGGAUACAGAGACUAUGGGGCAUGAUGUAUUCAAGAUACAAAGCAAAUGGAAGGCUGAUGAGGAUGACUUGCGAAUGCCUAUAGCUGCCAAACAUCCAAAUUUUGUUUACAGGAAGUACUAGCGUAGUUCAGGAGUUGUUUAUAAAUAGAUAAUGAAAUUGUUUAUGAAGAAUGUCGUUGUACUAAU